AUGGCACUUUCGGCUUGCCAAAGAGCACGUGAAGAGAUUUCCCAAUGCUCAGCCCAUGCAAAAUCGGCAUUCUUUCCAGAGGGGACACCAGUGCGGUACUUCCCCCUGAGUAAGAUCCGCAGAGUAUUUGGGAUAGAUGAGUGCCUAAAGAAAGUGUUCCUGUGCCAGUGUAAAGAUUGUACCCGAGAUUCCGCCCGCACCUUGGGAGAGAGGGAGGUUCUCUUCGACGCCGCCGAUCUGGAGCCCUACAUGAGAAUCUAUGCAUUGCUCAUCUGGCACCGUCGGUCGGGGUUGAUUCAGUUGUUCCGAAGUGAGCGAGUCAACCUCAACGGCAAAACGUUCCUUAACGACCAGAACCUGCUCUUUUUGCGAGACUUUGGCGUUGCGGCGCAUGAAUGCAUCCGAGACGGGAUCCUACGAGAUCAGUAUAGCUUUCAAGUGAGGGCCGUGCAAAAAUGCCGCCAAUUGACGACCAUCUCUCCCUUGGAGGUCUUGCCAAUAGUUGAGGAUGAGAAACAUAGGGGAGAAGGGGCAUUUGGCGAGGUGUUCGCAUUUUGCAUACCCUACGAUGAAUACCGUGGAAAAUCAUUGCGUGAUUAUAAUAUCGUGAGAUUUGCGCGGAAGAUCUUUCGCACCAGAGAUGACACCGAUGGACUCAUAGAAUUCUUCAACCUGCUACACGUCGAUCGAAUACGUCACGAGCACCUGAUGCCCGCCCUCGGGGCAUUCACACACGGAAACUACUUCUUCAUCCUCUUCGAAGAAGCCACAGAAACACUGGGAGAAUACUUGCAAAGCGAUGGUCAGAGGUUCACCCCAAGGGAGUUAUGGAAACAAGUCCACGGCGUAUCAGAGGGGCUAGCACACUUGCAUGGCAUAGGAAACAAUCAAUUCGCAUAUCAUCGGGAUCUGAAACCCGAAAAUAUCUUGAUUGUUCGUGAUGUGAUGAAGAUCGCAGAUUUCGGUCUGGCCCAGUUCCAAGACCGAUCGGCACACACACUAUCCGACUAUCCCGGUCGGGAUCCGGGUCACAGUGAGAUCUAUAAGGCUCCGGAAAAUAGCGACAGAACCUAUACGCGUGCGAUGGAUGUGUGGUCCCUUGGCGCAAUCAUCUCCGAAAUUGCUACCUUCGAUUUGCAAAAGAAGGAAGGCAUUGACCGAUAUCGCAGUGAGCGGUUACAGGAUAUAGAAGAGGGAGGAUGGUGUUGGUUAUCUUCCAAACGAUUUCACAAUAAUGGCCGGAUGAAAGAGUCGGUGCGACAGAAACACCGAGAGUUGAGAGACAGGGUCGACCAGAGUAGACAAAGCCAAAACCGGGCUGAGCUUCACCCCUUUCAGCAACAUUUCUUCACGGAUUCAUUUUUUGGGUUGAUGGAAGAGAUGCUUUGGGAUGGGAACGAACCAUGCCCCUCCGAAACCAUCGCUUCACGUUUAUAUGAGCUUUAUUGUCAGGCGGCCAACGAGGCGGAAGACAGUACCAAGCCUUUGGUGAUGGACAUGGCAAUGGCCAUGCCAGCGGCGUUGCGGCCCUAUGGCAGAGUAUAUCCCAAUUGCAGACUGCAAGGAUACUAUGGGGACCAAGAAGUUGAAUGUGGGCUGCUUUUGAGGGCGCCGGAUCGCAACCAAUCCACCGACUCCCUCCUGAUCCAUCGCUGGACGUAUGACCCUGUGAGGAGGGGGAUAGAUGACGUUCGAGAAUCUUUCAUGCGAAUUGGCCAGGACAUUCCAAGCGUGAGGCCCGACUAUGCGGUAAACAUGCCCCAGGAACGGAGCAUUCAGGUCACAUUAAUCCAAGCAGACCGUCGCUCGGACAGCUACAGAUUUCCUAAUCCUCGAGAUGCCUUGAAUCUACAGGCUGCAAUGACGGAUCAACACACAUAUCAAUCUCGCCUCGAGCGCCUGUUCUCGAAGCCUGGAGUAGAGGUCAACAAUGCCGUGGCUCAGCUAUGGUCGGAGGGGCCUCUGCCAGACCAACGGGCACAUUGGCCUCGUUUAAAUUGGCCGCUUACGCCGCGGAUGCAUGUGGCGAUCCUACACAUGGACACGCAGAUGCUAUUCCUUAUUAAAGGUCAGGACCUCCCUUACAUUUGCGCUACCAGUGUCUUUGGUGUCAAUAUACGGCAUACGGUGGUUCGUUCGCUUGCAAUACCAGCAAUCGCAAGGCUUACCUCUUACGCGCAGUGA